AUGGUUCUGCAUCGCCGACAAGCCCAGUUCGACAGGGCCAGAUGGCGCAUGGCGCUGCUCAUUCCCUUUUGGGUCUUGCAGUUGCUCGUCCUGCUCGUCGUUGUCGGCCUGUUUUCGUGGCGCCUGUCCGACACGCUGAAGAACUGGGAUACCGAGGAGCAAACAAAGGGCAUGUUCCCCAUGGUGGAGGUCGUAUGGGAGUCCGUCAACAUCGGCUUCUCCCUGAUCUGCCUCAUCUCCACAUUUUACGAAGUAUCCAAGCUCGCCGCCGAGACAUUGACGCCAUGGACCAUGCUCUUCACCCACGUCCUGAAGAUCGUUUGCUCCCUGGCUACCUUGGCUCUGGAUGUUGUCGUCUUCGUGCAAAGGAAAGACAGUCGCUACGCGGCGGUCGGUCUCGGUCUGGACGGUCUCCUCCUCGUUCUCGUUGCAGUUCCCGGAAUCUAUUCGAUCCAGACCUACCGUCGACUCGCCCAGUACGACGACUACCACUACCCCGUCAACCACAAGCCGUACGGCUUCAACGACCUCGAAGGCGAAACGUCGUACAACGGCCGCCUCUCCAUCGGCGGUCUCAGCCUCGGCGACCGCUCCCUCCGCCGUAUUUCCACAUCUUCCGUCAAGAGUUUAACGGGUCUCCAAAAGCAGGAACAGAUGCAGCAAGUGGCACAGCAACAACAACAACAGCCCGAGCCCGGAAACCUCCAGCGCAUACCGUCCCAGUACAACAACGAGCGCGACACGCAGUUCGACAGGUACAUGGUCGAGCGCGCCGUGACCAAUGAGUUCGGAUGGGUCGUCAGCCCUGGCAGCGACGGCCUCGGCCGUAGCGACAGCUACGUCGGCAGCGGAUCCGUGGCGAACAGCAAGGUCGUCGUCACGCGGGAAAGCAUGGGCCGCGCGCUAAGCUGGGGAAGCUCGCACGUGCUGGUCGCGGUGCCGGAGAUGGACGAGGAAGACGCGCAGGGCCGCGGUGACAGGCAAGCGCUGCUCGGACACAGGAGGCGGGAGAGCGAUGAGAGCGUCGGACGGGGCCGCCCGCCGCCCUUGGCCCCAUCGUCCGGUAUGACACCGCCGAGGAUCGAGAUCGAAGAGUCGGAUAUCGUCGGGGACGAGGACAAUGUGUGGGAGCGGAAGCGCAAGAGGAGCCCGUGA